AUGCGUGUUUCCGUCCCAAAUCUACCCAAGUCUCUUCUUUUAAAUUCUUUAACAAAGCAAGUCCCGGUUUCCGAAGCUGUUGAUAGCGUUACGGCCUUCUUAGCACCAGGAAAUGUUACUCUGAUCACUGGCGCCGGUGUCAGCGUCGACUCUGGAAUACGAGCGUACCGUGGACGCGAUGGUCUAUACAUGAAUCCAAAUUACAAACCUAUCUUCUAUCAUGAACUCCUGGACGAGACUGAGAAAGGCCAGUCAUUCCGGCAAAGAUAUUGGCUUCGAUCAUACCUGGGAUAUCCUUCUGUACGGGAAGCUCUCCCAAAUACAACCCACUAUGCUGUCGCAGCUCUGCAGCACGCUGGUGUCAUUCCUCGUCUCAUAACUCAGAAUGUUGAUGGUUUACAUCAUGCAGCUUUAUCAAUGGCACAUCCCAGCCCAGUCAUGGUUGAAAAGUCCCUUCUCGAAUUACACGGCACUCUACACCGUGUAAGAUGUAAACACGGACAUCUCGUUGAUAGAAACGUGUUUCAGGACUGGCUUUCUUCUGCCAACCCAAAAUGGAAGGAUUUUGCGGAUACGGGCACAGAACUUCGAACAAAUCCGGAUGGUGAUGUUGCAAUCGAACAUUUAGGUGCAUCAUACAACGACUUUGUCAUACCUGAAUGUCCUACUUGUCUGCAAGAGAAUAGACACAAUGACGUGCACAAACCUGAUCUCAUAUUUUUUGGAGAAUCCAUUUCAGAACAUGUCAAGAAGCGAUCGUACUUGGAUAUAGAGAAUAGCGACCGUCUCCUUCUCAUAGGAACGACGCUCGCCACAUAUUCUGCGUUCAGGCUGCUAAAACACGCCCUUGCACUAGGAAAACCUGUUUUAAUGAUCAACGUUGGGCCUUCGAGAGCAGAUGUCGUCGAAGGAGUGCACAAAUUAGAUAUCGCCAGCGGGGACAUCAUGCGUGACGUCGUUCGCAAUGUUCUUGGACAUCGUGGUGCUGUAGACUCUACUGUUGAAAAAAUGCUAUCGAGUGGAAUAAGAAGGCCUCCACUCAUCGACGAUGAUGACAGUGCCCCUCGAAAUGCGGGUGAAGAUUAA